AUGAGAUUCUCGAUCUUUAAUCUCGUGCUGGUAUACUUCUUCUCGCUACUUCAACUAGCUACGGAAUUCUCUCUCACAUUCCGGAUCUCCAAUCAAGACCCGGACUUCAAACUGCACAUAGAACCUAACAAUGAUAUCUUCGUCCAAGCCCCGCAUAUUCGCCACCUGGACGCAAGCGGCGGAAUCCGGCACACGGAGACUCUAGAUGGCACGCAGCAUAGAGUCUUCAAGGGAGCGGUCUGGGCUCGCUUCGGAGAUCACGACUGGCAGAAGAAAGGCUGGGCGAGAGUAUACGUGCUUCAAGAUGGAGAAAAUCCCAUGUUUGAAGGCGCGUUUACGAUUUCAGGCCAGCGGUACCGUAUUGAGGCUAUCUCAGACGAGGAUGAUGGUGGUAUGGAAGAGAGGCUAUCGCAUAUGGUUGUGCAUCAUGAUGCGAGAAGAGGUGAAGACAGUGUUGGAGAGACAUGUGCAGCUGGACGGAUGCCGUCAAUUCCCGGAACGAGUGACAUUCUCAUGGAUAGUAUCGGCAUGAUCACUGGCUCAACAGGACUAGACAAACGCCAGUUCGGCGGCUUCAAUCCCGGAGACUUGACUGAUAGCAUCGGGAGCGCAGAAGGAUGUCCGACAACGAGGCGAGUAGCGUUGGUCGGAAUCGCGACAGACUGUUCGUACACAGCAGCGUUCAACUCGACAGAAUCGGUGCGUCGAAACCUGAUAAAUAUGGUCAACACGGCGUCGGAGGUAUUUGAAAGUACGUUCAAUAUCUCAUUGAGCCUUCACAACGUGACGAUUAGCGACGCGAGCUGUCCAGACAGUGCAUCGGACUCAACCCCUUGGAACGUCGAAUGUUCCGAGGGAGAUAUGGACUGGCGACUACGACAGUUCUCAUCUUGGCGACGAUCGCUCGAUGACUCCACCAAUGCCUACUGGACACUCAUGACGACGUGUCGAACCGGCGGAGAGGUCGGAGUAUCGUGGAUCGGGCAACUGUGCAACUCGCGAAUGAGCACGAAUGUGGUGGCUCGAACGUCCAACGAAUGGCAGGUUUUUGCCCACGAGUCCGCCCACACAUUCGGCGCCGUCCACGACUGCGUCGACUCUACUUGUCCCUCAUCUCGAGGGCAAUGCUGUCCGCUAUCCACGUCCACAUGCGACGCAGACGCCCAGUACCUGAUGAAUCCCUACUCCAGCUCCUCCCACAGUGACUUCUCACCCUGCACCCUGGGAAACGUCUGCUCCGCCAUCGGAUCCGGCGACGUGCGAACAAACUGCCUGAUCAGCAACGACGACGUACCCACCAUCACACCAGGAGAAUGCGGCAACGGGAUCGUAGAGGCGGGAGAGGAAUGCGACUGCGGAGAUAACUGCGACGGGAACUCCUGCUGCAACGGCUCCACCUGUCGAUUCCGAGACGGGGCAGUCUGCGACAACGCGUCCGGUCCGUGCUGCAAUGACUGCCAAUACGCGUCUUCCGACACUGUAUGUCGUCGCAGCUCAGGGGCCUGCGAUCUCGAAGAGACAUGUCCGGGGAAUUCAAGCAGAUGUCCGACCGAUCGGCAUGUCCCGAACGGCGACAGCUGCGGCGGCGGAAAUAGCACUGAUCUGUUCUGUGCCAGCGGUGAAUGCACCAGUCGGGAUAUGCAAUGUCGGGAACAGUUGUCGUCGAACAGCACCAGUAUCUCGUCAUGCGGUGAUAGUAACUCUUGCACACUGAGCUGUAGCGACGGGAGCUCUGACUCCGGGAGCUGUAUGAGCACAGGUCAACAGGUGCUUGACGGUACGCCGUGCGAUGGAGGCUCGUGUCGCAGCGGACGGUGUCGUAGCGGGAACGAAGAGAACGGGGGUGACGGCGUUUCCUCGUGGGUGGAUCAGCAUCGAACCCUGGUGAUCGGUCUGGCGGCAGGGCUUGGAGGCGCGCUUGUACUGGCGUUCCUUGGGUGUGUUGUCUGUUGCUGUUGUAGGCGUCCGAAAGUGAAGACCCCGCCAGCUGUGCCUCGGCGGCCGAUGGCGGUGCCCUUGGCCUACCCUCCUCCGCCGCCGUAUAGAGUGGCGGAACCCCGACCUGUGUUACCGAGAUAUGCUUGA